AUGUCACAGGAGUUGUGGAUGUGGGCAAAAUAUCAGGUCCUCUCCUCUCUGAGGCUGCCGUUCGCUAUCGGAGCCAUGCUACCUGCUGUUAAGAAAGGUAAUUAAGGUAGACAUUCUUUUACAUUUAUUUCUUUCAUCCAUCAACCCUUUUCACAAUAGGAUUGCUAAAUCGAGUUUUCAACUAUAUUCACAACUGGGAACUUACAGGAUUUGCCACAGAACUCUGGGCUUGGCAUCUCUACUUUUUGCAUGUCUACUCUGUGAAUGAUCAGCCUUAACACCUCAUAUUUUGGGCUCCUGGAACUUGAGAUGUAAUUCUUUGUACAUCUUAAACACCUUAAAGGACCACUAUAGUGCCAGGAAAACAAACUCGUUUUCCUGGCACUAUAGGGUCUUUAGGUCCCCCGCACCCUCAGGGUCCCACUCCCGCUUGGCCAGAAGGGAGCUGAAGGGGUUAAACACUUACCUUUCUCCAAUGGGCACCCUCUGCGCUGGGGAACUCUCCUCCCUCUGCCGACGUCAGGAGCCGCGCAAGCACAUUCAAACAGUCCAUAGGAAAGCAUUACUUAAUGCUUUCCUAUGGACGUCAGCGUCUUCUCACUGUGAUUUUUCACAGUGAGAAACGCGGAAGCACCUAUAGCGGCUGUCAGUGAGACAGCUACUAGAGGCUGGAAUAACCCUAGUGUAAACAUAGCAGUUUUUCUGAAACUGAUAUGUUUACAGCUGCAGGGUUAAAACUUGAUGGACCUGGCACCCAGACCACUUAAUUGAGCUGAAGUGGUCUGGGUGCCUAUAGUGGUCCUUUAAGCACCAUAUUCAUGUCAUAAAGGUGGAUACAUGAUGGAGGGAGUUUUAAAAAAACAAACGCACAUUAUGGAAUAUAGCUUGGUGGGCUGAAAGAAGGGAGGGAAGGUACAUUGAAGACCCCUUUGCAGGCGCACUACCAACACUGCUUUCAAUGGUAGAAGCUCCUUAUGUGUCACCAGCACAGAGUAUGUGCUAACAACAGACUUCAGUUUUGCACAGUUUUAACAUUAGGCAGCCUGGAACAGAGUUUCGGCUGCCUUAGUCAUGUGUACUGGGGGAGUGAAGGAACCCUGCACAUACAGAUUACCAACACAAUAACCACUUCUAAAAGCAGGUGGCCAUAGUGGUUGGAGUAACCCUAUAAAAUCAAGUGCAAUUAAAUGGGAACUGUCACUUAUAUGGAAAUUACAUCAUUAUAAUAAUAAAUGAAAGUUACCUACAACUUGUACUAACAUUUUUAAUGUGAUGCUCAAUUUUCCUUUUAUUAUAGAGGUAGCAAAUGAACCCUUAAUCAAGUUCAGACAAGGUCAUAGCCAAGGUACAUAUUGCAUUUGAAGAGGAUAAGUAGAAACAUUGUUUAAUUUUUCCGCUUCUCUGUCAAGGUUAUUCAAUAAAGUUAUGAUUUCAAAGUGAAUUUCAAAUUUAAAGGUACACUAUAGUCACCAAAACAACUUUAGCUUAAAGGGACACUAUAGUCACCUGAACAACUUCAGCUUAGUGGGGUUGUUCAGGUGAAAACUAUAGCUCCCUGCAGCCUCUCUCAUGUAAACACUGUAUUUUCUGAGAAAAUACAGUGUUUACAUUGAAAACUAGGAACACCUCCAGUUGCAGUCACUCAGAGUGAACCAGAGGGACUUCGGAGUUGAUGGAGGUAUAAUAUGCCUCCAUCCACUCAGAUCUGCUGUCAGCAGAGCACAGGGCAGCUCUGUGCACAGCAUCCUGUGAGUCAGUAUCUCCUCCCUCUGCAUGCAGAGGGAUUUAAUUCAUCUUUAUGAGGAGAUGCUAAUUGGCCAGGGCUGUGUUUGAAUCAUGCUGGCUCUGCCCCUGAUCUGUCUCUUUGUCAGUCUCAGCCAAUCCUAUGGGGGAAGCACUGUGAUUGGAUCAGGCUACCACAUGUCAGCAGACUGCUUGUUUUUCUGAGUCUAACAGAAUGCAGAUUUACAGCUUCAGGCUUGAAUACAGUAAGAUUUUUACUAUAUUUAUGGAGGCAUGAGGGGCCCAGGGUGGCUAGAUGGUGGUGUUAACACUAUAGGGUCAGGAAUUCAUGUUUUUGUUCCUGGCCCUAUAGUGAUCCUUUAAUGCAGACUGUGUAAGUCACAGCCAGGGGAGGUGUUUGCACCUAUGUACUAAUACACAACUAUGUUUUGGGGUCUCCCUUGUCUUAGUUUUCUGUUUUCAAUCAUAAGGGGGGUUAAGGUAACACUCAAAAUUGAUGUUACAUUGUUAUAUUUUUUAUAUCACGUACCAGGCUGGAUUGCUGAUAUCUGUUUCUCUUACACAGCUUCAGGUAAAGAAGUGACUAACGACACAAGUUCUACAUUUCCGAAAUCGAAUCCUUCGUGUAAACAAGAUUACCCCAUGAAGUCAUCUCGCACACAUCAGGAACUGCACAAGGAGUUGCUGCUCACUUACAACAAGUAGGUUCACAAACAUGUAUGAAAAAAAGCAUGUUAGCCCUUAAAAGGACAUUCUAAGCCCAAAAAAGAAUAUAUUUUAAAGACCCACUCCAAGCACCAUAACAACUGCAGAGUAAUUUGUCAGAACAUUUUAGAAUGGUUUUGCGACUUACCCGGGUCCUGCUGUAGAAAAAUCUCAGCUCCACUGAGAUGAUUGGGGUUGUGCAGGGCUGAAAAUGUGCGGUCCUCUAUCAGACCUUCUUAGUUGAAUGAAGAUGCCCAGCAGGAAAGGGCAAAUGUGGCACAGGCACUCAGGGGACCCAGGUAAAUGGUCAAAUGGUUCUGAAAUAAAGAGGAUGCCAGGGCACAUCUGGAACAAGAACUGUCAUGAACACCAUCACUCGCAGGCGGGCACGUCACUUGCUUCAGUGGGUGAAAAGGUUAAAAAUCACUGUUUGUCUCCACUGGAAUUAAAAUAAUGAUUAAAAAAAAUCCCUCAUUACCACCACCAACUAUUCUAGUAUAAAAACUGCUACCACCAAGACAAUUUAGUAAUGGGGCGUCUUGGAAAAAAAACCUAAACAGUUUUGUUUUCCUGACACUAUAGUGAUCCUUUAACCAAAACAAUCAUUUUCCUAUAUAGGCCUUGAUUGAAUUAGUUUGAAUCAGAAAUUCUUCCAUUCUGUUACAAAAUAAAAACUUCAAAUUAUUUCCCAUAGACUUUACUGUAGAUGAAUCAUUUGAAAAGUUUUUUUUCUAACAGAAUGGAAGGAUUUCUGAUUCUGAUUCCAAAGAAUUAAAGCGAAAAUGCCCCAAAAGAAAAUAGAAUCUAAAAAUCACAUCCAAACUGUAAGGGAAUGACACUUCAUUGAACAAACAAUACAUAUUGUAAAAUAGGCCUUAAUUUACGUCUCUUUCCUGUGGGUUGGCAGAUACAUCAUUGUUCUAGUCUAGUUAAAGGCAGCCAAAUUAACAUUUACCAUGCUGUAAUCAAUCAUACCACCUCUACUGGGUAACCAUUCUAUGCAUUCACUAUACACAUCACAUUAGCUAACAAUAUUUUCACAAUGAAACAAUGAAUACACAGUACAUUGCAAUAUUCUUUUUUUUUACCAGGAACAAUGAAUCACUGAAGGCUGUUAGUGAAGCAUAUUCUAGAAAGAUACUACACAGACAUCCCUAGGGACCCGCAUCCCGUAACUCGGACUCUGUAUGAGAGUACUGUCUCCACCUCCCAGUUGGUGGUCCUAAGGGUGCAGGAAGAGUACCAGCUGCGGUGUUUCGAACACAAAAAAUUAUUUUAUAUUGGAUUUAUGUUUACAUUAUUCCUUUUAAAGGAUCACUAAAGGCACUCAGACCAUUUUAUUGCAAAUUUUAACCCUGCAAUGUAAAACAUUGUUGUGUAGUAGAUAUGGCAUAGCAGGAUUAAAUACGCCUGUGGUGGCUUUCUUCCUGACACCCGCUAGAGGCACUUCUACUCUGAGAAACAGCUAACCUCCAUUUGAUUGGAAGAGAGCAGUGUUGGCCGCGUGUGCACUUUUAAUCCCCAGUUCUCCUCUAUGAGGAGCAUUGGAUUGGGCAAGAGAGAAGAGCUAGUGUGACAUUGCAGGAGGCAGAUUGAGUGCAGAGGAAUGGACUUGAUCCGGCGCUGUGAAAAAAGGUAAGAACACUAUAGCCUUAGUAAUACAGGUUUGUGUAGAGUUCCUUUAAUUUAUUUAAUCGCUACCACUUAUCAUUCUUCCUUCCAACCCUAUACACGUCUUAUCUACCCUCCCAGGGGCCUUGUCCUUCAUAGCAAACCUGAACUGUUGCGAGUUUUGGAAAAACGAAGGUCUCAGUGGAAAGAGGGACAGGAAGACACCAAACAGAUUUCCUCGCCCCUGGAGCAGGAGUUGCAAAAAUGGCAGCAAAGGAGGGAAGAGGUAAAUUGAGUGAUGUGACAAAACCAGAACCAGUAUAAUUACUUCCUGCCCAGGGCCAGUGGAAGAAGUUUUGCUGCAAGACACAAACUCAUUUUCAUCCACCUUGGUGGCCCUCUGAUAACUGUAAUAGAUGUGCUUUUCUGAAUUUUUAAUAAUGCACCCUGUAGGACUGUGUAGAUGGUUGAUGUGCUGUGAUUCCAGGAAUGUAUCUGUGCGAAGUACCUAUGAAUGACAAUGUAGGAAACAUUGGAAUGGAUUGAAUAUGUAUGGAGAUAAAAGAGUGUAUUUGUGGAAAGUAUGUGUGUUCAUGGGUAUAUUUGUGUGGACGGUUAGUGUGUAUUUGUGUGUGUGAAAAGAGUGUGUAUUGGUGUCGAAGGUUAAAGUGUACAUGUGUGUGAAUGCAGGGGUGUAUUUGUGGGGAAGUUUAGUAUGUCUCUGUGCGUGAAUGUGCUGGUGUACUGAUGUGGAGGGUUAGUGUGUACAUGUGUGUGAAUGUAGGGGUGUAUUUGUGUGGAAGAUUAAUAUGUCUCAUUUACAAGGUAUAAAUUUAGUCACAAAUUACACAAUGUGUAAUUAUACUGAACAUAGUUAUGGAGUUACUAAACAAAGCAAAGUCACAAUUACCUCAAUUACCUACUAAGGCCUACAUAUAACAUUGAGACAAGCUGUGCUCUAUAAAUAUAGUUUAUUUGUUAUGUAGAAUUAAAAGGCAAAAGGAACUCAAGAGAACAAUAAUAGGGAUAUAAGUUAGUGGGUUUGGGCUAUAUGGGUGGACAUGACCCUUUUCGAUUCUCAACUGAUAUCACCUCAGUAUCACUAUUAGGCUUUGCAGUGCCUCUUGUUUAUGUGUUAAGAUAUUAUAAACAUUUACAGUUACAGCUUACUGAGAAGUUAACGUUGGUAAAUUUCCCCUGUGUUCCCCUCGUCACUAGUUUUUCGAUGAAUUUGUUCCAUAUCGUGAAUGCCUCUCAAAUCGCCCUCCUUAUCUGGAACUGGUCCAAGACCAUCUUCUCAUGUUUAAAAUUCCAAGAAACUUGAGAAAUAAAUUUUGAUAUUUUGGGGGAAAUUUUCAAAAAUCUAUUUUUUUAGCUAUAGCAGCAGUCAAAAUUUUGAAUAUUAUUUUUGAAAUUGAUGUGGGCCAGUCUUCUCGUAGGAUGAAGAGAAGGAACAUUUCUUUUAAUGGUUCCAGUAGGAACCCUGCAACCAUAGAGAUCAGUUUAGCUAACUCUUUCUAGAAAGGGGUUAGCGAAUAGCAAGUACCCCAGACGCAGAGCACGGUGCCCACAGCCGUCUGACACUUCCAACAGAUCUUGCUAGAGGUAGGGAACAUCCUUGCCAAUUUCACUGGUACUAAAUACCAACGUUAAAUAAUUUUCUGAAUUAUUAAUAAAUAUGUAGCACAUGCCUUGAGCCCUUUAGCAUGGGGAAAUUUGAGUGAUGGGUAAAUGUGUUUUUGUGUGUAUGUGAAUGCAGAGGUGUAUUGGUGUGUCAUUUGUUGCUUAUUUUCUUUUGUAAUAUCUGAUCUCCCCAAUCUAGGAAGUAAGGUGGGGAUGGUACAGUGUUCCUCCUGGUUUUACCAUCACAACACAAGUUUUCCGUGGGCAACUCUUGGUUGAUUGUUUAUCAUCAGAUAAUGUUCUGCAAGACUAGCCUUGACAGAACAAAUGAAGUCAGCAGGCACAGGGAUAUCUCAUAUUAACUAACAAAAAUAAUUUAUUUAUUUUUUUUGCAGAGGGAACAUGCAUCUUCGAUAAAAAACGACAAGUCUGGAGUGCAUGAGUUCCUGCGCGUGAGAGAAAAUCUUCGUAAAUCUGCAACAAGGGACACGGAAAACCCUCCGUCCCCUGCCAGCUGAACACCCUCAUUAAUAAUCCCCUCACAGACUCAAGAUUUAUGUCUCCGUAUUCAUCAAGGGAGUCCGUGCAGAUCUUUUGCUACAGAACAUUGUGUUCCAAGGACUGGGAAGGCUCCAAGGCCUAGCAGAGCAACGUUCAUUGUCACUAACACAAUAUCACUGUCGAUAUUCUUCACUGCAGUACGACCCCAUCCCAAAGCUCUGCACAUCAUUAUUUUAUAUCUUCUUACCUGCCGACCAUUUGAUUUAUCCAUAGGAGCCAACACAAAUUGUAU